AUGUCCCAGGACGAGUGGGCACGGCAGCGCAAAGACAACCACAAAGAAGUCGAGCGCCGCCGCCGCGGGAACAUCAACGAGGGCAUCAACGAGCUCGGGCGCAUCGUGCCGAACGGGACGGGCGAGAAGGCCAAGGGCGCGAUCCUCUCGCGCGCGGUGCAGUACAUCCACCACCUCAAGGAGAACGAGGCGCGCAACAUCGAGAAGUGGACGCUCGAGAAGCUGCUCAUGGACCAGGCGAUGGGCGACCUGCAGAGCCAGCUCGAGGACGUCAAGGGCAUGUACCAGCGCGAGAAGCAGGCGCGCGAGCGCGCCGAGGCGGAGCUCGCCAUUUUGAAGGGCGUCCAGGAGCGCCUCGGCGCGGCGGGCGCGGCUGCACUCGCUAGUGCCAGCGCGAAUAGUAGGAGCGGCGAGAAUCAGAAUGCAGGCGAGGAGCCGGGCAGGCGCAGACCCAGGGAGGACGAGGGUGCGGAAGGGAGUGGUGGCCAGAAUGGCAACGCGGACCGCGAUGGGAAGAGGCAGCGGAUGGAGUAA